AUGAAGUCCAACGGGGCAGUUCUGAGUGCUUUUCUCACGUUCACUUUUCUAGUCGUCGCAUCAGGGUUGUCCGACAACACGUGGUCCAUCGCGUCCAACGCCACCGGCAGAGCGAUGCAACAGGACAACCGUUGCAUUUUGCACAUGGACGAUAUAUACAGAGUAAAUUACUGCUCGAAUAGAGCGUGUCCUAGCUGGAAGUGUCAAGACGAUUCAGCGAUAAUACACGGGACGUGUUGCGGUUGUCCCAACAUUUUUGGAGAUGACGUUCCGGUAUUGUGUGUUAAGGAUUUGAAAUGCCCACAUUUAAUGAAGGACCUGUGCAGCAACUACAACUUCAUGAUUUUGUGUUGUUGUUCCCGAAUUAAUAAUAAUUAUUAUAACUACAAUAGCUAUAUUUGA